AAAAAGUCGUAAAACAUGUCUCUCGAUAAAAGAGUUACCAUCAGAAGAACCAAGACCUACAAUACUAGAUCUAACUUGCAAAAGCUCGUCAAGACUCCAUCUGGCAAGUUGGUUGUCCAAUUCACCAAGAAAAAGGUCAAGGCUCCAACUGUUCCAAAGUACUUGGGCGGUGAAGCUGUUAGAGGUUUGAAGAGAUUGAGACCAUCUGAAAAUAAGAGAGCUUCCAGAUCCACCAGAACUAUCUCCAGAGCUUAUGGAGGUGUUUUGAAUCACAACCACCUUAAGGAAAGAAUUGUCCGUGCUUUCUUGAUGGAAGAAAAGAAGAUCGUCAAGCAAGUCAAGAAGAUCAAGGCUCAAAAGGAUAAGGCUACUGAAACCAAGUAAAUCGACUCCAAUAAAUUUAAAAUAUAAAAUUUCAAAAA